AUGCCAGAGCCAGCGGCAGAAAAGCCUAUUUUGAAUAACGCUUUCCCUCUUUGGGUGUUGCCGCCAGCAUCCGGGCCCGGGUACCCCUCGGAAGCAUUUGUGCAGGCCGGAAAUGACCCCUGGCCACUAAUCACUACUUAUGAGCAGCGGCCGACCACACCCUUAAUGCGUUUCUCUAGGCACUUCCUGACUUGGGCCCUCGGGUACGCCGUCACCGAGACAAAGGCGUCCGAUUCUGCGACAAUCUUCUGGUCGGGGAUGAGGACGUCUAUGAUGCAGAAAGACUCGGCGAGGCCGGGAUAA